UUCACCGGAAACGCUCCAAUCGUGAUUUCAAAAGUAGGAGCUCGCCGACACCGCUGCGGCUUUCUUGUGGGAAAGGCGCGCGAAGUAGCCGCGACUUGUUUGUCUUUAUGGAUCGCUGAGACACUUAAAGACCCCCUUGGACCGGGAACUUGACCAUGGCGUCGCUCUUUCCUGUCGGUUAGCAGUACGAGGCGAACACCUCGCUCGCUAGCUCGCGACUAGCCAGCUAAUUAGCGCCCGGCUAAGGAGCUAGCUAGCCAGCUAACUAGCGCCCGGCUAAGGAGCUAACUAGCGACUAGCCAGCGCCUUACUAGCGCCCGGCUAAGGAGCUAAGUAGUGACUAGCCAGCGCCUUACUAGCGCCCGGCUAAGGAGCUAACUAGCGACUAGCCAGCGCCUUACUAGCGCCCGGCUAAGGAGCUAAGUAGUGACUAGCCAGCGCAUUACUAGCUAACUAGCGCCCGGCUAAGGAGCUAAGUAGUGACUAGCCAGCAGCGCCUUGCUAAGGAGCGAGCUGCCCCCCGCCCUGCCCUGCCCAGGCUGCCGGGCCAGCAUGCAGGACGUCCGCUAGGCGCAAGAGGAGCCACCAUGACGCUGGCGCCCAAGGAGCUGUCCAACCUGCUGGGCAUCAUCUCGGAGGAGGCCUGCACCAACACCUUCGAGACGCUGUCCACGCACUUCCACCACUACUUCGGCAAGGCGGAGCACUUCCGGGUGGGCUCGGCGCUGGUCAUGCUCCUCCAGCAGCCCGACCUGCUGCCCAGCUCCCCGCAGCGUCUGACGGCCCUCUACCUGCUGUGGGAGAUGUACCGCACCGAGCCGCUGGCCGCCAACCCUUUCGCCGCCGUGUUCGCGCACCUGCUCAACCCCGCGCCCGCCGGCCACGAGCACGAGAAGGUGCUCUCAGGCUUCCUGCCGCCCAUCACCCUGCCUGAGAAGUUCUUCCUGUCGCAGCUGAUGUUGGCGCCCCCGAGAGAUCUGUUCAAGAAGACACCUCGCCAAGUGUCUUGCAUGGAUGUCAGCAGCAUGCCACACUCCAUAGACAUCAGUGGACUGCAGCUCGCCCUGGCAGAGCGUCAGUCGGAGUUACCCACUCAGAGCAAGGCGAGCUUCCCCAGCGUCCUCAACGACCCUGAUCCAGACUCGUCCAACUCUGGCUUUGACAGCUCGGUGGCCAAUCAGAUCAUCGAGUCGCUGGUGACGGGGCCCCGCCCACCACUGGAGAGUCACUUUCGUCCCGAGUUCAUCCGGCCGCUGCCACCUCUGCACGUGUGUGAGGACGAGCUGGCCUGGCUCAACCCCAGCGAGCCGGACCACAGCGUGCAGUGGGACCGCUCCAUGUGCGUGAAGAACAGCACGGGCGUGGAGAUCAAGCGCCUGAUGUCCAAGGCCUUCAAGAGUCCGCUGUCAGCACAACAGCAGUCGCAGGUGAGCCGUCCUCGCCGUCCUCGCUCUUUGCUCCCACGACCUCCCCUCUGUGUGGCCCCGCAGCUGCUGGCCGAGCUGGAGAAGGACCCCAAGCUGGUCUACCACAUCGGCCUGGCGCCCGCCAAGCUACCUGACCUUGUGGAGAACAACCCUCUGGUGGCCAUCGAGAUGUUGCUGAAGUUGAUGCAGAGCAGCCAGAUCACCGAGUACUUCUCUGUGCUGGUCAACAUGGACAUGUCUCUGCACUCCAUGGAGGUGGUCAACAGGCUGACCACGGCGGUGGACUUGCCUCCAGAGUUCAUCCACCUGUACAUCUCCAACUGCAUCUCCACCUGUGAGCAGAUCAAAGACAAAUACAUGCAGAACCGGCUGGUGCGCCUGGUGUGCGUCUUCCUGCAGUCCCUAAUCAGGAACAAGAUCAUCAACGUGCAGGACCUCUUCAUCGAGGUGCAGGCCUUCUGCAUCGAGUUCAGUCGCAUCCGCGAGGCUGCCGGACUCUUCCGCCUGCUCAAGAGCCUGGACACUGGCGACACCCCCACCAAGUGAGAGGGCGGGGCUUACACAAGCAAUGACAAGGACGUGCAGUCAUUCCUGGAGGAGGCCUCACUGAUGGGUCCCAGAAGAAUGUUCCAAUAGCAGCAGAAGUGCACUUUUUGGAAAGAUUAUUUUCAGUUUUGUGCCCAAGGGACUGAUUUUAUUUAACACUGUAUUAUUAUUUAUACACCUAUCGUGAUCACAGAGACAGGUUGUUUUUGUGUUACUGUAUAUAUUUGUUUUUAUGAAAAAUCCCACUUAAUAUACUUUCGGUAACAGCAGUCAAUAUUUUUUUUUUUUUUUUUUUUU